AUGGUGAAGUUGCUGCCGGCCCAGGAGGCGGCCAGGAUCUACCACACCAACUAUGUGCGGAACGCGCGGGCCGUGGGUGUGAUGUGGGGCACGCUCACCAUCUGCUUCUCCGUGCUGGUCAUGGCCCUCUUCAUCCAGCCCUACUGGAUCGGCGACAGCGUCAACACGCCGCAGGCAGGCUACUUUGGGCUCUUCUCCUACUGCGUGGGCAACGUGCUGUCCUCCGAGCUCAUCUGCAAGGGCGGUCCCCUCGACUUCUCCUCCAUCCCCUCCAGGGCCUUCAAGACGGCCAUGUUCUUUGUGGCCUUGGGCAUGUUCCUCAUUAUUGGCUCCAUCAUCUGCUUCAGCCUGUUCUUCGUCUGCAACACGGCCACCGUCUACAAGAUCUGCGCGUGGAUGCAGCUGGCUGCGGCCACAGGCCUCAUGAUUGGCUGCCUGGUCUACCCCGAUGGCUGGGACUCCAGCGAGGUGCGGCGCAUGUGUGGGGAGCAGACCGGCAAGUACACGCUGGGCCACUGCACCAUCCGCUGGGCCUUCAUGCUGGCCAUUCUGAGCAUCGGCGACGCCCUCAUCCUCUCCUUCCUGGCCUUCGUGCUGGGCUACCGGCAGGACAAGCUCCUCCCUGACGACUACAAGGCAGAUGGAAAAGGUAACCCUCCUCCAAGGUGA